AUGCAAGUUGCCGCGUGGACUCACUGGGAAUCUUCAGCCUCCGGCCUGUGGGUCACAUUCGAAACUAGCCACAUGCAAGGACUCGAAGUGCAAGUCGCAGAUUCAAGCAGUGUUUUCACACCAAACGUCAUUCAACCAGGCUCAAUGAUCCUCUCUCCACCCCUGCAUCGACGAACCGAUGCCGGCAACCACGGAGCCGCCGAUAGGUCUUGCCUCGGCACAUGGGGCCGACGUGGCAAGAAACUCACGCUUGCGCAAGAAAAUGUUCUGCGACGCCUCUAUGAGCUUGAAUCACCUUCCAUUCCAGAGGGACAGAUACCUGUGAAGAAGUUCUGGGUCUACCUCGCAACUCGUUUUCAGCAAUGCACUGGACGAGAAUACUCGUGGUUAUCUGUGAGAAGGAAGAUUAUGGGGUCAGGGCCAGAUGCUCAAUUACCGAUACCUGACGGACCUAGCUCUUGUGUCGAACAGACCAGCAACGAGCAAUCGGCAAUUGAGCCUGCUCUAGAUGACUCCAGUGGCUCCAUAGUACACGGCCUAAACUCAGCAGACGAAUCUCGAUCCACUCUGGAGCAAGGCCAAACACCGUCAAACUCGCUUUGCGUUGAUAGACCGGGGUCCUCUGAGUGUGAGAGAAGCCCUUCAGUCUUCGGUGAUCUGACACGGAGAGCCUUGUUUCCCGAUGCAGCAAAGCAUACGAAACAAACUCAAAACAUUGCCAAAAUUCCUCGACAUCCUCGAAAGAGGCAUGAUGCACCCGCGUCUAAUAGACGGAACAAUCUCCCCGCCCAGAGACUGGACCACCCGCGACUCUCAACCGCAUCUCGGGGUGUCUUACCUGGUCCCACUAAUUCGCCAUCUCUGCCACGCACAUUUGGGGAUCGUCAUUCGACGAAACCGGGUACCCUCAAACGUAAACGUUUGGUAGUGGACGGUGAUCCUCCAAAUGAAAUGUCCAAGGAGACCGCGAACGUUUUGCAAAGGUCACACGAAGCGGUUUCAGAAGACAGUGACACGCUGUAUCCAUCUGAUCCCGAUGAGCUGCCCAACACUCCCACUAAGAUAUCGAGAAGGGUUCGUUAA